GGUAUUGUCGUGUAGCGGUGGAGUGUAGGAGGCAUGGAGUCGAUCCUGAGCUGCAGAAGGGAGGAUCUGGAAGAUUAUUACGGGCUUCUCGGCUGCGAUGAACUCUCAACGACUGAACAGAUCGUGACUGAGUUUAAAGUGCGAGCUCUGGCCUGUCAUCCUGACAAACACCCAGAGAACCCCAGAGCAGUGGAGGACUUCCAGAAGCUACAGGAAGCUAAAGAUGUUCUCACAGAUGAGAAGAAAAGAAAGAGUUACGAUCUCUGGCUCAGAAGUCAGAUUGUAAUCCCGUUCAGCGAGUGGCAAGCGCUCAGUGACUCCGUUAAAACAUCAAUGCAUUGGGCUUCGAGGAGCAAGAAAGAGCCGAUGCUUGAGGCUGCAGAAGAUCCAGCGGAGGAGAAACCGUCUGAAUCCUCGCUGCCAUCCACGGAUCAUCGGUUUCGAUGGACUGGUGCAGCUCCUUCAGGCCUUUUACACAAGUUCAGGAACUAUGAAAUAUAAUGCAUAUGUUCUGUUCUAUUCUAUGCUUUUGUGUGUAAGUGCAUGUGUUCCAAAGUCAUUUACUUUUCAAUGUUUCAACAUUUAUGGCAUAAGAUUGACUUUCUCUGUUUGUUUGUUUUGUUGGAUGUUAACAUAUGUGCAUGAAACCAGGAGCACAAAACCAGUUAUGCAUCAU